UAGUAGCAUUUUGAUGAACGCGACGCCAUGACUACAUUACGCUAAUCCUGGAAAGUUGCAUGAACGAUUGAUUUGCCGAUGGAGUUGAUUUGAAGACCGAAACAGGUACAUGUACAUGAAACCGUAGCUUUGUUCCGCAUUAUGAUUGCUAAGCUGAACCAACAAUGAUCUAAUUCUCUGGAGGUCUACUGAUACGGAUGCUUCCAGCAUGGAUCCACCCGGCAUUUACCCAGACACUGAGUCUGUGUGCAUCCAACGAAGCAUCCAUGGUGUGGGGCGCACUUCAUCAUUACGACGUAGAGAUACAGUGUCAGGAGAUGAGGUUGACUGGGAGAAAUUAGAGGAGGAGGAGAAGAAAAGGUCAUUGAGACGGGGUUCAUCAUGGGCCAAGGUGUCAUCCGUUGUCAAGGCAACACACUUUGUUGUGGAUAUGGCGGACCCAACACCAACCCAAUCUUCUUGGAUUAAAGGCAACUUUAAAAAGAAAGAAUGCAUCAGAUAUGUAAUAGAUCCUAAAAAACUGAAUGUCUGUUGUUGCGGUCGUCUGCCACGGCAGCACUGUAGUGAUGCUAACUUGGAUCGUAGUAGCCAGGGCUCGUCAACCUGGGACAAAGACUUGGACGUAAGAGAGUACCCUACUGAUGCAAACGGCCAGUUGUACUUCAAGGGAAAGAUGGCAAGUCCCAAACCGGUCAAGUAUGUGAGAAUCUCCAACAACACUGACCCUAAGCUAGCCUUGAAGAUCUUGACCAAGUACUGGAAACUCAGCAUUCCUCAACUGGUCAUCUCAGUCAGUGGCGGGGCAAAGAACUUUAAGCUGAAUGCUCAAGACCAGGCCACCUUCAACAGAGGAUUGAUCAAGGCCAUACAAACAAUUGCAGUAUGGGUGAUCAGCGGGGGCACAAACGUUGGCGUGAGGAAAGUUGUGGGCACGGCCAUCCGAGAGGCUCGCUCCAUGUCCAGGAUAGCCAAGGAAAAGAUGCCAAAGUUCGCGCUCAUCGGGAUUCCGCCCUGGGCAUACGUGGCGGGGACUGACCGCCUCAUCAAUGAAAAGAAUGAGGAGAUACGAUCUGUGUCCUACAGAGUAGACCCGGUGGUGAAGAGGGGUCAGCCCUCGCCCCUCAACCCAGACCACACCCAUUUCAUCAUGAUCGAUUGUGGGAGAAAGAACAGGUAUGGGGAUAGCGUGGAGCUGAAGUCUAAGAUACAGGAGGCUAUGCUGCAACCUGAGAGUGAGGGUGGUCUUGGUAUACCGGUGGUAAAUGUGAUCUUAGAGGGAGGUGUAGAUACCAUUGAUACCGUGGUCCAAGCUGUCCAGAGACGGACACCUGUCAUCUUAUGCAACGGCACUGGACGCGUAGCUGAUAUCCUCUCCUACGCAACAAGACAUGCUGAAGAGAAUGGGGGAGUUCGUUGUGUGAAGCCAUCGUGUCUGCCAAUCCUACGUGAGAAGAUCCAUGUCCUGCUAAGCAUUGGAUAUGAAAGCCAAGAGAUGGUUGAGAUUAUGGAUAAGAUUGACCAGUGUGUUUUGGAUGAAGAUCUCUUGACCGUCUUUGAGAUGCAGAAGAAGGAGCACACAGACCUUGACCUUGCUAUUCUUACUGCUUUGCUUAAAUUGCAUGCAGUGACUCCACUUCACCAACUCUCACUUGCGAUGUCAUGGAACCGUGCAGAUGUUGCAGAGAGCAAGAUCUUCACUGAUGAUGUCUCCAUUCCACUACCCAAAUUGCAUCCAUUCAUCACUGAUGCCCUUGUCAACAACAGGGUUGAUUUUCUGCGUCUCUUCAUUGAACGUGGUGCCAUAAUCAAGGACUAUCUUACUGUGGUCAGACUCCGACGGCUCUACAACAGCGCCCCUGACACCUGCUUUCUACGAACUUUGGUAGACGAUGUCUUACACAGAAAGCCUGGCCAGCCAAUCUUCCUUCAUGAUAUUGGUAUCCUCAUCAAGUUCCUGACUGGAACACACCAUGAACCCCUGUACACCAAUGACCGGCACUACAGACGCAGCACCAACAGGGAGACAAGAGCUCUCCUUGUACUGUCUACAAGUCUUACAGGAAUGAGCCUGUUGAAUUCUGCGCAGGAAGAAUAUAUCCACACAAAGCGUUUUAAGAACGCCCUCACCACAGGGGCUGCGCACCUCUCCAUGGUGGAGUUAGCCAACCCAGGGAUGCACUUCGAUCACCCAUUCAGGGAGCUCUUCAUAUGGGCCAUUCUCAUGGACAGACCAGAGAUUGCAGCCUAUCUGUGGGAGCAGGUGGAUGCUCCUCUUAGCUCAGCCAUUACAGCUAGUGCCAUAUUAACCACCAUGUCAGAUAUACAGAUUAGCCUUCCGUAUUCAGAUGAUGAUUACAUCAUCAACGCCAGGAAAUUUGAGCAGAUGGCCAUUGGUGUGACUGAGGAAUGUCAUGAAGUUAAUGAGGAGCUAGCUCGAAAGUUGGUCUCCUUCCCCCAGGCUAGAUGGAACAAAUCUGUAAUUCACAUGGCUGCAGAGAGUCUCAACAAGGAAUUCAUCUCGCACCCUUGUUGCCAGGGCUACGUCCAUGACAUCUGGCUUGGUGGUAUCACUGCCAGUGACAUCUACAUCAUCCUCACCAUCUUCUUCCCCAUCUUCAUCCCGCUUCUCAUUGGCUUCAAAGAGGAGAAGGAGGAUGAGAGCAAAGAAUCACAGAGGUCUAGCAUCUUCAAGAAGCUCAGGAUGUUCUAUAUGGCCCCCAUCACCAGAUUCUAUUUUUUUAUGGUUUCAUACGUGUUUUUCUUAGUGCUUUAUAGUCUCUUCAUCAUGUUCUUCUUCCGAGCUGAGCCUACGUAUGUUGAGUACGCUGUGUUCAUCUGGAUCCUCACCCUUGCACUAGAAGAAAUUGCAGAGGCAAUCUUCAGCAACAGUGGGUUGGCCAUCAGACAACGCUUCAAGAUCUGGUUCAAAAGUGGCUGGAACAAGUUUGAUAUAUGCAUCCUGGCUCCUACCAUAUUGGCCUUUGGUCUUCAUUGGUAUCCACCUGCCCUUGAGAUAAGCAGGUCGAUCUAUGCCAUUGGCUGUAUGCUCUUUUAUGUCAGGACUCUGAGGCUAUUCUCUGCCAGUACACGUCUGGGCCCCAAGAUGGUCAUGAUCUGGAAAAUGAUGCAUGAGAUGGUAACUUUCCUAUGUAUCUUGGCCAUGUUCUUGCUUGGUUAUGGUGUCGCAAGCCAAUCACUGCUCUUCCCUGAUCAAGACUUUGGUUGGUUUCCCUUCAAGAACGCCCUUGUAGUGCCCUAUUUCCAGAUUUACGGAGAGCUCUAUCUUGACGCUAUACAGCAUGGAGACGUGGAUGGUUGUGGAGUGGAAGGAGGGGACCCAUGUCCCACAGCGAACAUGCUGGUUAUCUUCCUCCUUGCCAUAUACCUCCUCAUUGGAAACGUUCUUCUGCUCAACCUUCUUGUUGCCAUAUUCAGUCGAAUUUUCGAAGAGAUCCAGGCGAAUUCUCUGGUCAUAUGGCGCUAUGAGUACUACUUCUUGGUAAUGGAGUUCAAGGACAAAUCUUGGUUGCCCCCACCCUUUAAUGUUCUCGUCCAUCUCUACAAGUCACUCCAAUGGGUUUUCAGGUGCUGCAUUAAUGCUUGUACAGAAGAGGUGGACAAUGGAGAUCAAGCAAAGAGGAAGCUUGAAGAGAUUAAUCUGCACCUGUUUGAGCGGGAGUGUGCGGCCCAGUUCAAGAGAGACAGGGCAGAGGAUGAAGAUGAGGACUUGGAGCAAAGGAUGGAGCGCAUGGAGAAGAAGCUGGACGACUUGGGAGAAGUGCUAUCACAUCUCAUUCCAAAGGAACAUAUCGCAACUUCUGAAACGCACAGGAAAGUAUCAACCCAUUCUCAAAACAAGGCUCCUUUAUCACUGCCUGCUCCAAAGCAUGAUAUCCCUGUUUCCUCUCCAGUGGGGAGAGAACUAGAUUUCAGUAUGCCUUCUUCAUCUCAGACAGCCAAUGACUUCAAAGUGCCGAGUCCGCCGUAUCCAGGACAUAGUACAACAAUCAGGGAUGACGAUGAAGAGAGGAGGAGAUUUGUAGAACAGAUGAAUGCAAUGAACGACUUCCUCCAACAAUCUCAGUCAAGUUCAAGGAAACCCCAUAUCCCACCGCUGCCACCAUCAAUGAGCUCACCUCUGCUUCAGCCAGGUGAUCCUCACCAAAGUGGACUCUCUCUGUCUGAGAUGCAGUCUUUCCUGAACCACAUGCCGCACAUCCCUUCCCAGAAUAUAGUCGGCAACCCCACAACUCAUGAUGCUAAUGAUGAGAGCGAUAACUACGUCCUAGAGCAUACCAUCAUUAAGUCUCCUGCGGUACCUGAGAUGAGACAUCGUUCGCCACCGGAAGGUGGUGAUGUCCCGCGGAACAGCAACAGACCCAAGAGCGCAUCAAAGAAGAGGCGUAAGAAGAAGAGGGUGGCGCCAGAGUCUAAGGAAAGUUCUGCAGAUGCAUGGUCAAUUUCGAGCAGUGAGAACAGUCCCAGAGAACCAAAGGUACCAUUGUCGACUGUAAGUCAUACUCAUAGCUAUCCAGCUUGGUACCAAAGGUCAGCAUUCUCAACCAUUAGAGAACAAGCAGACGAGGAGGAAAAAGAGGAACAACGACAGAGCUGAAGAAUUCAGAAUUCAGAUUAAUUAUUUCAUCACGGAUCAGCUGUAGAUAGAUGUAUGGGCAUCAGCUUUGUGGCAUCAUUUGCCCCUAUGUGUAAAUGUAUGUCUUUCUUUAUAAGCUCCCUGAAUCUCUUGAUAACUGGGUAUGUGUUUGUAUAUAUGAUUGAUUACAAACAGAUUAGGAUUCUUAGGAUUAGGACCGAAAAUCUAAAAGACUACCAAUGAGCAUUUCUCGUGGUCACAAACAUUUGUAAUAUGAACAUAUGUCUUUAUUGAAAUGAUUCAUGUAAUCACUUCUCAUUCCCAUGUACAUAACAAUUUAGACUGAUCAAUGAUACAUUAGCAAGCUCAAGCACCUGCAAGAGAACAUUGAAGGAUCCAAAAGGGGCAAAGCUCCUUUUCCAAUGUAAUGCUUGUGGUGCUUUCGUUCCGUCCAGAACUUUGAUAUUCAUAUGUGUCAAGUGCUGAGGACUCUUAUGGGCUGAAAGUUAUAUGCAAUAUACUUGUCACCUUGGUGUACAUACAGCAAUGAAUAUAUAUGAAGAAAUUUUAUUUUAUUGCUAUUUUGAUAUAUAAUUCCUACAUUCUUCUGUAAAAGUUUGAAAUACCACUCCAGGUGUGUGUUUCAGUAUUGGGUAUACUCUUGUGCUAAUAUUUACAAGUGUAAAUAUAUUUGUUAUUCCUCAAGAUGAAAUGCAUUUUGUUUGGCAGCUUACUGACAGUGUUUGUUCAAUACAAUUCCUUCUUAUUCCUUUCGUAUGUUUGUUUAGUCAUCUUUCAAAAUAAUCUGUUCGUGCAAUUCUCUCUUGUUAUGAAGCAACAAGAUUUAAAUAAGGAGGUUAAAUUUUAAGCUCUGCAAAAGUACGAAAUGGUUGAACAUCUAAUUAAAGCAAAUUAAUUAAGUUGAUUAUCAUUAACACUUCAAAUCUUUGGUGAGGAAAUGAUUUCUUAAUUACAUGAAGGCUGGUAAGUGAAACAGAUGGCAAGGACAAGUUGAGACAUUUCAUGUUGUUUGUGGUAGUUUCAUUAAUACUAAAUUAUAUUCCUAAAGAUUGUUAUAGGAUGCAAUAUUGCAUAAUGAAUGUGUACUAAACUACAUUUCAUCUUGGUGUUAAAGCCAAAGAUAUUCUGUAAAUUUCAUUUGUGUCAAUUAUUCUUAAUCUUCAGCACUGAAUCAGUCUUUUAAAUGUUAUGAUAUUCUUUGCAUUGAUAAUCAUAGGAAGUAUGUUUAAUCAUUAAAUUUGCAUCAUUCUGCUAAAGUGUAAUAUGUUUUAAAUAUGUUUUUAUUGCUCUGGGAUGACAACUGAAUUUUAGGAAAGUAUUUGAAAAAGUUCCAGAAUAACUUGGCAAAGAAUUGAAAAUUCACAAGUCUUUGAGGUUAAAGAUUACUAAGAAUUUGAUAAAUAUUCCAACUGUCAAUUUGUCAAUGAUGUUGUAAACUUAUCAUAUAACUUUUUUUUGCAAGCAUUUACGGUACCGGGUACUCAAAAAUCCCUUAGCAAAUAUGCACAAUUCUCACAACAUGAGUACCAUAUUUCUCAUAAAUCUUCAGGUAAUUUUUUUUCUUCAAUGACUGGAUUGGUAUAACUGCAUUCAAAGAGAAGAAAUCUUCCUGCAUGAUAGUUGAAGAUCCCCCUCAUUCACUGAGAAGUUCUGAUAUUUAGCACAAAUCUUAAAUUUCUUAUUCAUUCUCAGUUUUCCCCAUUUUUUCCUCAAACAUACUUGUCUCAGUUUUUUUAACCUGCUGGCUGUUCCUGCCAACACUCUUUUUAAAGAUCUUAUUCCCCUUCUCAAUAUUUUAGGUAGCGUUUCAUCUUACCAUGCUGGUAAAAUCUUAUUCAGAAAUUUAAUCUUAUUUUUCUUAUUUUGACGACGUACUAAAUAUAAUGGAUAGCAAUUAUGUAAAUUUUGAAUUUUGAAUUCUCUCACUCUCUUUAUAUUUAUGUUAUCGUUUUAAAUUUGAUUUUCUAUCAGUAGUUAGGAUCUUUGCUGCAUCAAAAUAAAAGUCUUAUCUGUCUUUCUUUCCUCGUUUACAUUUCAUCAUUAUAUCAAACAUUCCAGUUCUUGAAAAACAGUAUUUUUUGUUUGGUGUGUGACUAAUUGAGCAAGAUAUGUGUAUUCAUGUACAUAACAGUUUUUAUAGUACCUUUGCAAAGUCUAGAAUCAAUGACAUUUUUGUAAAUUAAUGAUUAUACCUUCGCAGGGCACUCAUAUUGUCCUUACAACAAGACAAUAAAAUCAUAGUCGUCUCAUUGAUAAACAAUUAUUAUUUUGAUUAUUAUUUUUAUCAUUUGA